AGGGUGGGGGCGUGGCCUGCGCAGGGCCCCACCCCGCUCUCCUCUGGCUGGCCGGACGCGGCGGUGGCAGUAGGGGCGGCGGCGGCAGCAGCGGCGGCGGCGGCGGUGGUGGUGGUGGCGGGGGGGGGAGGGGCCGGGGCCGGGCGGGGGGCUGGCGGCAGCGGCGGAUGGACUCGCGGGUAUCGGAGCUGUUCGGCGGCUGCUGCCGGCCGGGAGGAGGCCCGGCCGUGGGCGGAACCCUUAAGGCUAGGGGGGCCGGCGGCAGCAGCGGCUGCGGGGGCCCGAAGGGGAAAAAGAAGAACGGAAGGAACAGAGGAGGCAAAGCCAACAACCCUCCGUACCUGCCCCCCGAGGCUGAAGAUGGAAACAUCGAAUAUAAACUGAAGCUGGUGAAUCCAUCCCAGUACCGCUUUGAGCACCUGGUGACACAGAUGAAGUGGCGGCUCCAGGAGGGCCGCGGUGAGGCUGUCUACCAGAUUGGGGUAGAGGACAAUGGGCUGCUGGUGGGGCUGGCCGAGGAGGAGAUGCGGGCAUCCCUCAAGACCCUACACCGGAUGGCAGAGAAGGUCGGGGCAGACAUCACUGUUCUCCGGGAGCGAGAAGUGGAUUAUGACAGCGACAUGCCCCGGAAGAUUACCGAGGUGCUGGUACGAAAGGUCCCUGACAACCAACAGUUCCUAGACCUCCGUGUGGCCGUCCUGGGCAAUGUGGACUCAGGGAAGUCGACUCUGCUUGGAGUCCUGACCCAGGGAGAGCUGGACAAUGGGCGGGGCCGGGCUCGACUCAACCUUUUCCGCCACCUGCAUGAGAUUCAGUCUGGCCGAACCUCCAGCAUCAGCUUCGAGAUCCUGGGCUUUAACAGCAAGGGAGAGGUGGUGAAUUACAGUGACUCACGGACGGCAGAAGAGAUCUGUGAAAGCAGCUCCAAGAUGAUCACCUUCAUCGACCUGGCAGGCCACCACAAGUACCUACACACCACCAUCUUUGGCCUCACCUCAUACUGCCCUGACUGCGCCCUGCUCCUCGUCAGUGCUAACACUGGGAUUGCUGGCACCACAAGGGAACAUCUGGGGCUAGCCCUGGCCCUGAAAGUGCCCUUCUUCAUCGUGGUCAGCAAGGUGGACCUGUGUGCCAAGACCACAGUGGAGAGGACGGUACGACAGCUAGAGCGGGUCCUCAAGCAGCCUGGCUGCCACAAGGUCCCCAUGCUGGUCACCUCCGAGGAUGAUGCGGUCACGGCUGCCCAACAGUUUGCCCAGUCACCCAAUGUCACUCCUAUCUUCACACUGUCCAGCGUGUCUGGAGAGAGUCUGGACCUGCUCAAAGUCUUUCUGAAUAUCUUGCCACCACUUACCAACAGCAAGGAGCAGGAGGAACUCAUGCAGCAGCUGACAGAGUUUCAGGUAGAUGAAAUCUACACAGUACCAGAGGUGGGGACUGUUGUUGGAGGAACACUUUCCAGUGGGAUUUGCCGUGAGGGAGACCAGCUGGUAGUGGGCCCCACGGACGAUGGCUGCUUCCUGGAGCUGAGAGUAUGCAGCAUCCAACGCAACCGCUCUGCCUGUCGUGUGCUGCGAGCUGGUCAGGCUGCUACGUUGGCCCUCGGGGACUUUGACCGUGCACUUCUUCGCAAGGGCAUGGUGAUGGUGAGCCCCGAGAUGAAUCCCACCAUCUGCUCAGUGUUCGAGGCAGAGAUAGUUCUACUGUUCCAUGCCACCACGUUCCGGCGAGGCUUCCAGGUGACAGUACAUGUGGGCAACGUACGUCAGACAGCAGUGGUGGAAAAGAUCCAUGCCAAGGACAAGCUGCGGACAGGGGAGAAGGCAGUGGUACGUUUCCGCUUCCUGAAACACCCAGAGUACCUGAAGGUGGGCGCCAAGCUGCUGUUCCGGGAGGGUGUCACCAAGGGCAUCGGCCAUGUCACUGAUGUGCAAGCCAUUGCAGCAGGAGAGGCCCAGGCCAACAUGGGCUUCUGACUCCUCCAGGCAGGCACAGCUCUACUGCCAUCCCCACAAUAUAUGAGGUGACUUUUGGC